UGAAAUGAUGUAAGAAUAUGUAGGGAUGAAAAUAUUGUAACCUUAUAGGGAAAACAAUUAAUUACAUAUAGUUUAAACUUUAUAAACGACAAAAUAUUUUAUUACAUUUGAAACGGUUAAAAUAUGCGAAAAUAGCGCCUUAUUUUACUUUUACGCAAGUACAAUAGUGGCAUGUAUGUGACUCACGAGAAUGUGUAAUAUGUAGAUAGGAGCAUGAAAGAUUAUAUCAGUUUUCUUCAUUUGUGACAAGAACGAUCAAGUAGAGAUGUUUUCGAGUGGGCCGAAUUAUACAAAAUUAAAAACGCAUCUGCGGCUAGCAGUUAAUCGAUUAAAGUUGCUUGAGAAAAAGAAAACGGAACUUGCUCAGAAAGCACGGAAAGAAAUAGCUGACUACAUCGCUGCAGGUAAAGUUGAAAGAGCAAAAAUACGGGUUGAACACAUUAUCAGAGAAGAUUACAUGGUUGAAGCAAUGGAACUCCUCGAAAUGUAUUGUGAUCUUUUGCUUGCACGUUUCGGACUUAUUCAACAAAUGAAGAAUUUAGAUGAAGGUUUAGCGGAAGCUAUUUCUACCAUAAUUUGGGCUGCUCCUAGAAUACAAACUGAUGUUCAGGAAAUUAAAAUAAUAGCUGAUAUCUUAAUGUCAAAAUAUGGGAAACAAUACACAGAAGCAUGUAGGGAAGAAGCAGUACAAACUAUAUCUGAGAAGUUGAAACAUAAAAUGAGCGUGCAAUCACCAUCUAAGCUUCUUGUAGAGAAGUAUCUUAUAGAGAUUGCGAAAAAUUAUGAUGUUGAAUACGAACCAGAUCCACAGAUAAUGCAAGAGGGUCAAGAUGCUUUAUUGAUAGAUGUUGGAAAUAACACAGAAAGAAACAAUUUAGACACAGCUUCUGGAGGCUUACCACUGCCAGUUGGAUUUAUUGGGUUCCCUCAAGCUCCUCUAUUACCAAAUCCUGCAUCUAAUCUAAUUAAUUCUGAGAAAGGGCCUAUAGGAUUUGUAACUCCACCAGGAUCAUUAGAAAGUAAGGAUCAAAAUGUUCCUUAUAAUCCAAAUAAUGUUUUGUACAACAUUCCCUUAGAUAACUCAAAUGGAGACAAACUUGAAAAUGAUCUGCCUCCAUCAUAUGCAUCAUUUCCACCUGAUUUAAAUAAACAGUCCGACCAGAAACCAAAACCUCAACCGCGAUCGAAAAUGCCGAUGAAUGAUUUUCAGCUUCCAGAUUUGCCCGCCGUGCCAUCGGAGAAUGAUUUACCCUCAAAUAAUCCAUCUACUAGCGAAGACAUUGAUUUUGACGAUUUAAUGAAGCGCUUUGAAGAUUUAAAAAAAAGAAAGUAAUUUCUUAUUUAAGAUAUAUUACAAAUAUGUAUGUUGUAUUACAACAAAAAUAUAGUGCAGUAGGUAUAACUAAAAAUAAUUCCUAUAGUUUAAUUAUACAAUAUUGUAAAAUUUAAGUAACUUUGAAUACUGCAAAACUUUGAAUAGUAUUGGCAAAAUAUUAUUUGCAAUACAUCUGAAGUAGAAAACGAGAAGUUACAAAUAGAUUUAAUUUCGAACGUUACAUCAAUAUCAUAAAUAGCUUAACACUUUAAUCUUCUCAAAUAAUUGAAAUCACCAAGUUUAGAUUCUUAUAUAAUACGCAUUCAACAUUUAUGAAAGAAAAUCAUAUAAAGAAAUGUGUAAUAUCAAAAACAUUCUACAGUGAAUUUAUUUCGAAUAUAAUUUUCUUUUAUCUUUAGAGGAAUAGAUCACAUUAACGUGAUAUUGUGCAAUGCUAUGAUAUUUCAUAGAUAUGAAUUACAAUAUUGCUACAAUAAAAAUCAAUUUUCCAAUUUGAUACAAAAAUAUUAUCAUUAAUAAAGUACAGUACGGAAAUAAACAAAAUUUCAAAUAGCAUUUGUAUAUAUUGUAAAAAGGUGCAUGUAUAUAUAUAUAUAUAUAUAUAAUUACAGUUUAUAUAUUACCAAUUAUAAGUAAACUUUUUAAUUGCUUCAGUUUGAAAUGUAAGUAUAACAAUAUAAUCUUACAUUAUUUUCUAAAGAUAAUAUUUUUCAUAAUAUUAUUUCGCAGUAUUGUAAUUCAAAAAAUGAUAAGAAACUCAUUGUAAAGAAAAGUAUAUAAAAUAAUAAUUCAAAAAAAUUAGUAUUUAUAGAUAUUGUGGUAAAAUAUUUAGAAAUUUUUUCUUGAUACUCCUGCUGUUUUAUAUGCAAAUAGAUACACACAAAUACAAUAUUAUUGCCACAUA